CAUUUCAGUCAAGAAACGACGUCGAAGUCAGUCUACCCCCAGAUUCUCUCCUCCGCAUCUCGCAGCGAGUCCCGUUGCGUCUUCCUCAACCCCCCCCCCCUUCUUACCUUCCUGGCCAAUAAUCCUGGCUACCAUUCCUCACACGAUGCGCGGAAUCGAGAUUAAGGAAUACGUCAAGGGCCCCGCGGAGCUCAAGGUCACGGACCUGCCCGACCCGACGCCCAAGGCCGACGAGUACCUGAUCCAGGUGCACGCCGCGGCGGCCAACUUCUUCGACAUCCUGCAGGUGCAGGGCAAGUACCAGAACCAGCCGCCGUUCCCCUGGGUCGCCGGCGCCGAGUUCGCCGGCACCGUCAUCUCCGCCCCCUCCAAGGCCGGCGGCGGCGGCAACAAGUUCAAGCCGGGCGCGCGCGUCUUCGGCGCCUCGCAGGGCGCCUACGCGACGCGCCUCUGCGCCAAGGAGUCCGUCCUGCUGCCCGUCCCCGACGGCUGGUCCUUCCAGGAGGCCGCCGGCCUGUUCGUCACCGCGCCCACCAGCUACGGCGCCCUCGUCGUCCGCGCCGGCGUCAAGCAGGGCGACCACGUCCUCGUCCACGCCGCCGCCGGCGGGGUCGGCCUGGCCGCUGUGCAGGUCGCCAAAGCCUUCGGCGCCACCGUCAUCGCCACCGCCUCCACCCAGCGCAAGCUCGACAUCGCCCGCUCCUUCGGCGCCGACCACGUCGUCUCGUACAACGACGCCGAGUGGCCCGCCAAGGUCAAGGCCCUGACGCCGCAGAAGCGCGGCGUCGACAUCGUCUACGACCCCGUCGGCCUCGUCGACAAGUCCACAAAGUGCACCGCCUGGAACGGCCGCAUCCUCGUCGUCGGCUUCGCCGCCGGCUCCAUCGAAAAGGUCGCCAUGAACAAGGUCCUCCUCAAGAACAUCUCCAUCGUCGGCAUCCACUGGGGCGCCUACGCCGUCCACCAGCGCGACAUGAUCCCCGUCGUCUGGCGCGGCAUCAUGGACCUCGUCGCCCAGGGGAAGCUCAAGGGCACCGUCUACGACGACGACGAGUUCGUCGGGCUCGAGCGCGUCAAGGAUGCCCUCGUCGCCCUGGGGGGUCGUGGGACAUGGGGCAAGGUCGUUGUCAAGAUUCCGCAGGGCGGAAACAGCAAGCUGUGAUGGCGCUAUGAGUGUGAACGUGGGAGGCCUGACUCAAGGUGUGGCCUCGCGACACGCAGCUCAAUAUCGCCGUUGUACAUUACACGUGGCAAAGCUGCACUCUCAAGAGUUAGAGUUGCGAUACUAGUAUUUCCCAAUGCCCAGCAUCACGGCAAAGGCACGAUUGGCAUGCCCAGGUAUCUCCUAUUCAGG